AUGUCAAACACGAAAGGCGGCAUCUUUCAGGCCACUUGCAACACCACGCAGUUGCCUUGUCUUUCCGAGAGUGGCCAUUGGGACAGGCUUAGUCUAAGGUUUGGAGAUGGAUGCACCAAAUGGUGCUCCCAGCUCAUCUGGGCGAACACGCCGCUACAGAUUGGAACAUUCGCCUUUGCGUACACCUACUUCUCCUCGCCUAACGGUCGAAGGAUAGACGAGCUUUUGGAGCGCUCUGUCGACACGGGUUUUCCUAUGUUGAUAGUAUCUCGACUCUCAGCAUGGGGCCGUUACGUGCGGACUGCUUCGGUCGUUUAUGAAGAAGUCCAUCCCUAUAUGGAUACCCUCGGCUACAUUAUACGAAAUUCUUCGUACAAUGCCGUUCACCGUGCCGUCGCCUGGCUUGGAAGAAAGAUCUUUGCCUUCCCGACCGCCAUCUACCGUUUAAUUUCCGAUGGCUCCAGCAAGGCGACACAACAGCUCGACAACAAUGUUCUCAUCGCUCGGCGUAAGAAACGACGGGACGGGGUCUACAGCGGCCCGCAAGCAUUGCUUCCGGACGCUAUCCACAACUUCUACAAUUGGAUCGUAAAUGUCUUCCACGGUGGCUGGACUGGCUUCUAUGACCUGUUCUACUCAUUCUUCCGCGUAUUCAUUGACAUCGUCCUCGGCGUUAAACGAAAUAUCGCAGCGAGGUCGAUAGAAGGUGUGUCUGUGCAAGUGGAGAAAAUUGUUGAAGAACGUGUCGAGGCACUUCUGGCCACGAUCGUCUCCGAACAAAUGAGCAAAUUGACCGUGAAGGCUGAGGACGUUGACAGU